GGUUUCAGUGAUAUUGGGUGUAAUCUGUUUGACCUUCAGGGAAGAAAAGUAUAAAAAGCAGAGUAUUCUUCUUGACCAGCUGUUUGGGCAUCAGUUGAAUUUCUUGGUUUCUCGUGUUCUUUGGGUUUCAGGGGGUUGUCUGUGUGUUUGGGAUUUUUUAUUUUAUUAUUUUUUUGUUGUUGUUGAGAAAAUGGCAGCUUUAAAUGAAAAGAAGACCUGCAGCCAACGGAUGGAAAAUUUCAACCGUUUCGUCUGGAAUCCAGAUACAAGGCAGUUAAUGGGAAGAACCUUGAUUAAUUGGGUGUGGAUCAGUCUGUACUACGUUGCUUUCUACAUAGUGAUGACUGGGCUGUUUUCACUCGCCAUAUAUUCCUUAAUGAGGACAAUCAGUCCAUAUACACCAGACUAUCAAGAUCGAUUAAAAUCACCAGGGGUAACAUUACGUCCGGAUGUCUAUGGUGAAGGAGGAUUAGAAAUUUAUUACAACGUCUCUGACAAAAACUCCUGGGAGAAAUAUGUAACAACUCUUCACAAAUUUCUUUCGGCAUAUAAUACAACUGCACAACAUGCCAACAUCAACUGCACAAGUGAGAAAUACUUCUUUCAAAAAUCAUUCCUUGGUCCAAACAAAACAAAACUCUCCUGCAAGUUCACAUCAGAUAUGCUUGAAAACUGCUCUGGCCUGGCAAAUUCCACUUUUGGAUUUCCAGAAGGAAAACCAUGUUUAAUUAUAAAAAUGAACAGAAUUAUCAAUUUUCUCCCUGGCAAUGGCACUGCACCAAGGGUGAGCUGUACAGCUCAACAUGAGGACUUCAGCCCACUUGAACUACAAUAUUACCCAGUCAACGGCACCUUUAACCUUCACUACUUCCCUUACUAUGGAAAGAAAGCACAGCCCACCUACAGUAAUCCUUUGGUAGCAGUGAAAUUUCUCAACAUUACAAGGAAUACAGAAGUUACCGUUGUGUGCAGAGUCAUUGGAGCUGGAAUUACCUCAGAUAACCCUCAUGAUCCAUAUGAAGGAAAAGUGGAGUUCAAAAUGAGAAUACAAGAUUAGGUAUUACUGGUACAAACGAAGACAUUUCAGAAAAGUGGGUGUGGUAUGAAAAGUGACUUAAAUGUCACCACAUUAUUUUAUAUUUAUUUUUUUCCAUGAUUCCCAAAUAAAAUUUGCUCAGAUUUCAGUUUAACAAAAGACAUUUUGUAAAUACCAGUACUAAAAUAUCCAGACAUCUAAAAAUCAAGAUAUAAUUUACAAUAUAUGAAGCAAGGUAGUAAUUUUUCUUGAUGUAUACACAAUUUGCUUUUCCAUAGCUACUGUAUGUCGGUGCUUUAGCACAAAUACUAUUAUGAAAUGGCUUUCCUCUAAAUUGAGCAUAUAUGAUUCAUGAGAAGCAUGGACAAAGUACCAAGAUGUCGAUUUUAGUCACUUGUCUGGAAACAACUAAUAAUUAUUCUUUACUAGGCCAUUGUAGAAGCAAUUCAAUUGCUGCAAAAAACGCAUUAAUACCCUGAUGUUUUGAAAUACUAGCUUGCAAUGUAAUUUUAUUACACAUUAGUUUUAUCCACUUAUAUACUAUCAAAAAGUAUAUUCAAAUCUAACUGUAUCACGCAUUAACACAUUAUAUUCUGAACUGUUUAGUCAGUUGUAUUAUUUGUUUUAUGAUACAAAUCAAUGACUGUAAAAGAAGUGACUUGAAAAUUAGCCUGUGUAGCUUAUAGCAGUAUUUAGUAUUACACCUUUUACAACUGCUGUAUGUGUACUAUUUAAUAAAAACUCAUCAAUGAAAAUGUAGCAUCUAACUACAUCUAUCAGAGUUGGGGUAAAAGCACAAGUGAGCAAAGAAUAUAUUACUUCUGUAAACUAGUUACAACCAUAGAGUUUUGGCUAGCUAGAAUGAUUCUGAAAAAUUAAGCAUGUUUGACGAUGUUAAAAGUAAUUCAUGUACAGAAUUAUUUACAAAUAUUAAAAAUCAAACUAACUGAUAUGAAAAAUAGUAAGAUUUCUAAAAGGUACAGUACAAUAUGCUUUAAAACUAUUUGGGGUAAAAUCCAGGAUAUUUUAAAUAGAUAAGAGGCACUUUGGAGAGUAGUCGAUUCCAAAAAUAUAUUUUUGAAUCCCCAACUUAAUUGAAUUGGACAUUCCAGAAACCAUGAAAACAUACUGGCACAGCAAAAGCCAGACAAAUAGCCUGUCACUUGGAAUGACCAGCCUACUGAAGAAUCUUGGGGGUGAAGACUCCUUUCCCUCCAUAGCCACCAAGAGACUUUCAGUGCGCCUCAUUAAACUCAAAUUAAGGAGUAUUUGGAAAAUUCUGCAUUUCAGGGAGAAGAAAUAAAAUUUGUUCUUACCUGUGAUUUUCCUCUCCUGGACCUUUAAUGUCUCAAUAUUAACAGUGAGCUUUUGCCUCUCUUCUAGGUUACUGGAUGUAGACCAAACCUUUUGUUCUGGCUGUGGCAUUGGACUGCCUCCCCUGCACCUUUCCCAAAAUAACAUCCAAAGCUACAAUAUACUGAACCUUCUUGUUAGCCAAAAUACUUACUCAUGCUCUAAAGUAAACUAAUACUAACAGUAAACAGGGCAUUCAGCCAUUAG